AUGAAGCCUCCACCCAUCCUGCUCUUCCUUUGCCUCCUAGUAGGACCAGACCAGGGACUGGGGCCCUUCAGGCAGGGCAGGUGGCUGGGACCUGUGGCAGGUUCAGCUGUCUUCAGUUUUCCCUCCCUAGCGGUGCCCCUGGCCAGUGGGAACCUACUACAGUUUGGGUUCAUGAUUGAGAGGCUGACGGGGAAGUCGGCACUGGACUACAAUGACUACGGCUGCUACUGUGGCAUCGGUGGUUCCAAAUGGCCUGUGGAUGAGACAGAUUGGUGCUGCCAUGCCCAUGACUGCUGCUAUGGACGGAUGACUAAGCUAGGCUGUGAUCCCAAAAUGGAAAAGUACAACUUCUCUAUUACAGAGAACAGCAUCAUCUGCGGGGGCAGAACUUCCUGCCAAAAGCUAACUUGUGAAUGUGACAAGAAUGCCACACUGUGCUUCCGAGACAAUCUCAGCACCUACAACCACAAGUAUGCCCACUACCCCAACAAGCUGUGCACGGGCCCCACUCCACCAUGCUGAAACCCUGGGCAGAAAGUCACCUUCUCCUUCCCAACCACCACUGUCUUCCCACAAAAUCUUCUUCCUGUCUUUCCAGACAUUCAAGGGACUUGUGACCAGAAUUUUCUCUCAAACACUUAAUAAAUGUUUAUUUGGCUA